CCCGAAAGCAAAGUUUGUGGCCGAACAAAAUCACAUCAAAAUACUACACAGCAAUCUUCAUCAUUUAAUACACCAAAACCGGGGUUGCCUCCGUUGUCUUUGCAUCGACCAUGUUUAAGAAUUUGAUAAACAAACACAAAGACAAACUCAAAGCGAAGCCGGAAGGCGAGGGAGCUGUUGCCGAGCCGGCCGAUGGAGACGGCAAGAAGAAGACAAAAAAGAGCUUUUUCAAGGUUGUAAAAGAAAUGCAGGCCGCCGAGAAGGCCAAAGAAAAAUCGCAAGAUGCCGAAGAUUCGAAGCCCAAAGCGAAGGCCGAUAAGAAGGAAAAAGAUGCCGAUUCGAAACCGGCGAAGAAAACCAAGGAAACAACCAAAGCCACCGCUACCAAAGCCAAAAGCAAGGAAACAACCAAAGCCACCGCUACCAAAACCAAGGAAGCAACCAAGGAAGCAACCAAGGCUACCACUACCAAAACCACUAAAACUGCCAAGGUCACGAAGACCAAAUCAACCGAUAAAGAUUCCGAUUCCAAAGACGGGCAGUCAACAGCCUCAAAGGACCGUAAAGACAAACUGAAGAAAGAGAAAUCCAAAAAACUGACGACCAAAGCUAAGAGCGAAACCAAUAUAGCAGAUAAGACAAAGGCAAAACCGAAAAAGACUCUCAAAAAGGCGGAAACGGAACGAUUAAAGCCGGUGCCCGAAUCCGAUUCUCUAGACAAGAAGGUUUCGUUUGACGGACCGGUAAAGAAAAGCGCAAGCGCCGACGGUGCUAGUGCGAAACCGGCUCUGAAGAAGAACAAGAGCAAGGCCAAGCUCGAAAAGCAGAAAUCCAUCAAGAAAAAGAAAACCGAUGCCGCAUCCGUGGCAUCCGCCGAGGACGAGGGCGCAAAGCCGGUUCACGCCGAUGGGGAAAAGGAACGACCCAAGAAAAAAUCAGCAAAGAGCUCUCGAAAUCUACUUGCCGGGGGUGCUACCGAGAGCAAAUCGGCGAAGGGCUCUUCUCGCAAGCUGGCGAGUUCUAGAAAUCUAGCCGGUGAUGCUACAAAGAAGAAGGCUUCUUCUCGGAAACUUGCCAGUUCAAGAAACCUAACGGGUGAUGCUUCGAAGAAAAAGAGUUCUCGAAAGCUUACCAGUUCCGGAAACAGCACACGACGAAAGAAGGUCGGUACUGUUUCUGACGACAGUGACAAGGUCAAGGAUGCUACUUCGCUGCCCGAAGCAUUAGAACCCAUUUCGGAGCCCGAGAAGAUGGAACCCAUUUCAGAGGCUAACAGCACCGAAAGAACGGUCAGAACAAGAAACCUUUCGAAGUCCGAGACGGAGUCUGCUGAAACCUCGGAGGACGGAAAGGGCGAAUCAAAUGAUCCCGGACCAGAAACAUCCGAGCCCGACGCGGCCAUCGACGAAAAAAUCAAGGACGAAGAAGAACCAAAAGCGGAGAGUGCCGAAACAGAAGAGGCUGCUCCCACAGAUGACGAAGAACAAGCAGUGGAGACCGCCGAGACAGAAGACGAGCCAGCCAAGGAAGAAGAACUGCCCGAAGCCCAGACAGAGGAGGUUGCGAAAACCGCUCAGGCUGAAGAGGAACCAGCAGUAGAAAGUGCCGAGACAGAAGAAGAACCGGCCGAGGAAAAAGAAGAACCAGCUGAAGCCGAGGCAGGAGAGGCACCAGGAGAAGCCGCGACAGAGGAGAUCGUAGAAACCGCCGAGGCUGAAGAAGAACCAGCAGAGGAAAUUGCGGAAACAGAAGAAGAACCAGCCAAAGCCGAGACAGAGGAAGUCGCAGAAACCGNGAAACCGCCGAGGCUGAAGAAGAACCAGCAGAGGAAAUUGCGGAAACAGAAGAAGAACCAGCCAAAGCCGAGACAGAGGAAGUCGCAGAAACCGCUAAGGCUGAAGAAGAACCAGCUGAGGAUGCUAAAACAGAAGAGGAACAAGCCGAGGAAGGAGUAGAACCAGCCGAAACAGAGACUGAAGAGGUUGCAGAAGUCACUCAGGCCGAAGAAGAACCAGAGGUGGAAAGUGCCGAAGCAGAGGAUGAAGCAUCUGAUGAAAAGGAACUUACCGAGGCUGAUACAGAAGAGGUGGCUGAAGCUACCCAUGUAGAAGAGCCAGAAGUGGAAAGUCCCGAGACCGAAGAUGAGCAAGAAGAGACUAGGCAAGAAGAACCAGCUGAGGUCGAGACAGAAGAGGCUACAGAGCCCAAACAGGCCGAGGAAGAACCAGAGGUGGAAAGUGCCGAGGUAGAGGAUGAAACAGCUGAGGAGGAGGAAGAACCGGCUGAACCCGAGACAGAAGAGACUGCAGAACCGACACAGGUUGAGGAAAAACCACAAGCGGAAAGUGCCGUGACAGAGGAUGAAGCAGCCGAGGAAGAGGAAGAACCGACUGAAGCUGAGACAAAGGAGGUUGCUGAAGCCACCGAGGGUGCAGAAGAAAGUGCUGAGGCUGAGGAUGAAGCAGCUGAGGACGAAGUAAAAUCAGCUGAGGCCGAGACAGAAGAGGUUACUGAAACCACCCAGGAUGCAGAAGAAUUAGCAGUGGAAAGUGCAGACACUGCAGAUGAACMAGCUGAAGAACAGGAAGAACCAGAGGAACCUGAGACAGAAGAGGUGAAAGACACUGAUGAUGCCAAAGAAGUACCAGUAGUGGACAGUGUUGAUACUGGAGAUAAAGCAGCUGAUGAUGAAGAAAAACAAGCCGAAACCGAGACAGAAGAGGUCCAAGACGCUGCUGAUGCUAAAGAAGAACCAACAGGGGAAAGUGAAAAACCAACAGAGGACGAGACAGAAGAGACGGAAGAGACGGAAGAAGCCACACAGGCGGAAGAAGCACCAGAAGUGGAAAGUGCGCACACUCAAGACGAACCAGCUGAGACUGAAACAGAGGAGGUCGAAGACCCUGCUGAAGCUGAAGAAGAACCAGAAGUGAAAAGUGCCGAAGCAGAAGAAAAACCAGCUGAGACAGAGCAAGAAUCUGUGGCAGCUGAUGAAGAACCAGAAGUUCAAAGUGCUGAAGCAGAAGAUGAAUCACCUACUGCCAAACAAGACGAACCAGCCGAGGCCGAGACAGAGACAGAGGAGGUUGUAGAAGUCACUCAGGAAGAAAAAGAAGAAUCAAAACUUGAAACCACUUCGAAAGAAGACAAAGCUGAGGAGCCUGUCUCAAAGGAAUUAGAGUAUAUGGUCGCGGAGUACGAUACAUUGUCAGCGGAAAAUAUGCAACUACGAAGACAGGUGACAUAUCUCGAGAACCAGCAUCAAUCAACGCUCGCAAGUCAUGCUGUAGAAUGCAGAAAAUUAAAUGCAAUAGCCAAUACAGCUUUGGCAAGCCUGAAGGAAUCUUCUUUUUCGAAGAGCAUUUCCGAAGAAGCUGUUCUUGCAUUGGAGAAGACCGUUAUAAAAUUGAAAAAUACGUUAUCAGAAAAAGAUGAUACCAUUAAGGAUCUCAAGCGAGAACUGGAUAAAUUUCGGGAAGGAGACUUAAAGAAACUUGACGAACUGUCAGAGUCAGUUGAAGACGAAGCGUACGCAAUUUCUGAUCGUGAUGAAGAGAAACAAUAGUUGGAAUUUUCUAGAUGACAAGUCCUGAGUGUAUACUUUACAUGGUUUGUUGAUCAAACAUUUUAUGUUAAAAAACUAGAUCCUGUUUAAUAAAAUUAACGCUACUUG